AUGGUACGUGAACAAUACACCACAACAACACAAGGCACCAGCCUAGAGAGGCCAGAAAACCAAUAUGUCUACAACAUUGGCAUUUAUGGCUGGAGAAAGCGUUGCCUCUACCUGUUUGUCCUCCUCCUGCUUAUCGUCCUAAUUGUGAAUUUUGCUUUGACAAUUUGGAUUCUUAAAGUGAUGUGGUUUUCUCCAACUGGGAUGGGACAUUUACAUGUUACAAAAGAAGGACUUCGACUGGAAGGAGAGUCAGAAUUCUUAUUCCCUUUGUAUGCCAAAGAAAUUCACUCUAGAGUGGACUCAUCACUACUUCUACAGUCUGCUCAUAAUGUGACUGUGAAUGCUCGCAAUUCAGAUGGUGAAGUCACAGGCAGAUUAAACGUGGGUCCUAAAAUGGUAGAAGUCCAUGGUCAGCAAUUUCAGAUCAACUCCGUAGAUGGCAAGCCACUUUUUACAGUGGAUGAAAAUGAAGUUGUCGUUGGUACAGAUAAACUUCGAAUCACAGGGCCAGAAGGGGCCCUUUUUGAACACUCUGUAGAGACACCACUUGUCAGAGCAGAGGCUUUUAAACCGCUUAGAUUGGAAUCACCAACUCGGUCUUUGAGCAUGGAUGCACCAAAAGGGAUUAAUAUUAAAGCACAAGCUGGCAAUAUUGAAGCUCUCUCUCAGAUGGAUAUCAAAUUGCAUAGCAGUGAUGGAGUGGUGAGUAUGAUAAAUGAUAUUUUUAUUAUUGUGGUUUAUAUUGAUGCUGUUUGA